CGCGGGCUCCCCAGAGGUGCCUGAGGUAUAAACUCCCGUCGGGCACGCGGAGCCGCCGGUGGAAAGGGAGAGCUGCCGAGGGGCGUCGCGGAAGAUGCCGCGGGGGUUCCUCGUCAAGCGGAGCAGGAGACCGGGGGGCUCUUACCGGGUGCGCCCUCCUCCGGGACUGCCCCCCGCACCCUGCCCCGCAGAGGAAACGCCCCGCGUCCCGGCGCCUUCGCCCGAGCCUCCUCCGCAGCAACAGUUGCUGCCUCAGCCGAACGCCCCGCUGGCGGCCGUGUGGGGCGCAGGCACCUCGGACAGCGCCGCCGCCGCCUUCGCCUCAGCCGCUGGAGAGUCUCAGCGCUGCGCGCGCUCUCCCGCCUCGGCAGAGUCCUUCCCUGCGGGGCCCGCCUUGGCCGCGGCGGAGAAGCUGCCUCUGCUUCCUCGCACGCCGCUGCCGCUGCCGCUCUCUCUGCCGGCCACGUCGGCGCCGCCGCCGCCGCUUUACCCGGCGCUCAAGCGGGCGCCCCGCGCCAGGGCGCCUCCGGCCAAGAAGCCCAAGGCCGUGCGCAAGCUGAGCUUCGCCGACGAAGUGACCACGUCGCCCGUGCUGGGCUUGCGGAUCAAGGCGGCGUCCGAGGGGGCGUCCGAGGGGCCCCGCGGGGCAGGCCCCCCGUUGUUGGGCGAGUUCGUGUGCCAGCUGUGCAAAGAGCCCUACGCCGACCCUCUGGCGCUGGCGCAGCACCGAUGCUCGCGGAUCGUGCGCGUCGAGUACCGCUGCCCCGAGUGCCACAAGAUCUUCAGCUGCCCCGCCAACCUGGCCUCGCACCGCCGCUGGCACAAGCCGCGCCCGCCCUCGGCGCCCGGCCCCGCCCAGGACAAAGAGAACAGCCGCGGCCAGGCAGGACCAGAUCAGCACCACGGCGCCGCGGACAGCUCCUGCUGCCGGGACCCGCCCCCGCCGCCGUCCCGAGCCGCCCAGCAGCAGCAGCUCUGCCCCGCCGGCGAAGCGGGCGCCGCCGACGGCUCCAGCCUGGGCGCGUCUGGCGGCGAGCUCUUCCUGUGCCCCUAUUGCCACAAGACCUUUCGGCGCCAGGCGUACCUGCGGAAGCACCUGGGCACCCACCAGGCCCCCGGGGCGCUCGGCUACGGCGGGAGCCCGCCACCUGCGCAGCAGAUCACGUUCCCGUGCCACUUGUGCGGGGCGCACUUCCCUUCGGCGGACAUCCGGGACAAGCACCGACUGUGGCACGCCGUGCGGGAGGAGCUGCUGCUGCCCCUGGGACAGCCUGAGGGCAGCGUGGCGCACGGCGAGCAGCAGAUCUUCUCCUGCAAACAUUGCCCCUCGACUUUCUUCAGCUCGCCCGGCCUCACUCGCCACAUCAACAAGUGCCACCCGUCGGAGAACAGGCAGGUGCUCCUGUUGCAGAUGCCUGUCAGGCCGGGCUGCUAGAUGGGGGGGGGGGGGGCGCAAGUGAGGGGGUAUGUGUCACCGGCUCGAACCGCCUCUUUAUCAGACUUGAACUAUGAAAUUGCCAGAUGCUGAGACUGACCGAUUCUCCAGUUAGCGGGAACCGAUUUAUACGAUAGAAUUCUUUCGCCCCCUAAGCCUUGAUCCUCAGUCCCUGAUGGUGGAGACCCAAACGAAUCCUAUCCGAACUGUAAUUCCUAUGGAAAAUCGCAGUGCAUAGCCCAAGGAAAUCACCAGACUUUAGAAGUACGUCAUGCCAAACGUUUUUAAUGUAUGAACACAAAUUAGCCUUGCUGCCUUAUGAAAGGGUAGAGUGCACUGUAUAUUCUGUGAAUCCAGUUUCCACGUACUUAAAACUUGUCACUUCAACAAAGUGAAA